AUGGCGUCUGGAACCGCCGGAGACGGGGUAUUCGGAAGCGUAUUCGGAGGAUGCAUUUCCAGUGACGACAUUGGUAUUGAGAGGAGGCCGUACCACCGCAACUGCAGCUGCGCUCUUCAUAGAUCCGGCGAAACCAAUUGCCCUCAUACUUCUCAUCACAAAGUCUCCUACCCUAUCAGAAGAUCCUGGAGCGAAGGUUGUCUUGUGGCGAUGAUGGCAUCAAACUCUGCGGCUUCUCCUGGUUCUUCCCCUUGUUGUCCUUCUUCACCGGCGCCGACUGCUCCAGUUACGGCUAGAUUGCCGCCGCAUGUGCCGAAUCAUCAGUUAAAUCAUUAG